AAGGGUUACACCGCAAUUCCUCCAGAUACCCAGCGAAUUCAGCCAGGACAUCAGUGAGGCAGGAAACCUCAACAGGGUGGGGGGGUUCGUUCCGUUAUGACAAGGUGCUGUGAGAACAAUGUCCACGGUGUCUAUCACUGAUGUUAAUUAUGGAGAAAAUAGACUGUUUCUGCACAUAUCGAGGACAGUGUCCGGGUCAAACAGGGAUCAUCCUGACAGCAGUCUUCAGUCCGCCAGAGACCCUGCAGUGAAAGCAAGAGUUCAACUCAAUCCUGCUGGAUAUCAGGACAAAGCAACUCACAGCUACUGGGCUGAUGAUGUGAAAAUAGAGUCUGCGCUCUUCUCUCAUGCCAACCAGAGCCUGGGUGAGCAACAUCGAGCAAAACGUAAGAAGGGUCCGGCUCCGAAGAUGCUGGGGAACGAAGUGUGUAGUGUGUGUGGAGACAAAGCGUCUGGCUUCCACUACAAUGUGCUCAGCUGUGAGGGCUGCAAGGGUUUCUUCAGACGCAGUGUGAUCAAGAGUGCCCAGUAUUCCUGCAAGAACAAUGGAGAGUGCCAGAUGGACAUGUACAUGCGCAGAAAGUGCCAACAGUGCCGACUAAGCAAGUGUCGACAGGCAGGGAUGUUGGAGCAAUGUGUCCUCUCAGAAGAACAAAUCCGACUGAAGAAAAUGAAGAAGCUGGAAGAAGAGGUGACAAAAACUGUGAGGGUGACCUCAAGCCCACUGUCUAGCUGGGGAAUACCAAGACUUGAUGUUGCCCAAAUUGAGAUGAUCAGAAAGCUGGUUGCUGCUCAACAGCAGUGUAACAAGCGUUCAUUCAGUGACCGACUGAAAGUGACCCCAUGGCCACAGAGCAUUGAUAUGCACAAUCGAGAGAUGAGGCAGCAGAGAUUUGCACACUUCACUGAACUGGCAAUCAUCUCUGUUCAGGAAAUAGUUGACUUUGCAAAACAGCUGCCAGGGUUCCUGGACCUUACCCGUGAAGACCAGAUAGCUCUGCUGAAGACUUCUACUAUUGAGAUCAUGCUGUUGGAAACAUCUCGAAGGUACGAUCCAGAGAUCCAGGGCAUCACCUUUCUGAAAGAUUUCAGUUACAACAAAGAGGACUUUGCCAGGGCGGGAUUACAGUUUGAGUUUAUCAAUCCCAUCUUUGAGUUUUCAAAGGGCAUGAAUGAUCUCCAGUUGGAUGAUGCAGAAUACGCUCUCCUCAUUGCUAUCAGUCUCUUCUCAGCAGACCGCCCAAAUGUUGAAGACCAUGAGCUGGUGGAAAGGCUGCAACAGCCUUACGUGGAGGCUCUUCAUUCCUACACCCGGAUCAAGAGACCAACUGAUCAGUUGAUGUUCCCUCGCAUGCUGAUGAAGCUCGUCUCUUUGCGGACUCUGAGUAGUGUCCAUUCCGAGCAAGUCUUUGCAUUACGACUUCAGGAUAAAAAAUUGCCUCCUCUCCUGUCAGAAAUCUGGGACAUGCAUGAAUGACCCCGGAGUUUUCCGUGCAGAGUCCAGCUCACGGAAACAGAUAGACUGUCAAAUUGGAGAGAACUUCUUUGAUGGGAAUGAGAGCAGACAAGGACGUUCACUGACAGAGUUAUUAAGAGUUUCAACUGCAAUUGUCAAUGCAAUACCCUAUGUUUAGAGACAUUUUAAGGGGAUUUCCUGUGGUAAAUCUAGGAGGAUUCCAUUUUACGAUUGCUUUGUUGUUUUAACGUGUUAACCAUAUGGUAGCUGACUGUCUCUGCCCACGUGCACAGUGUUGUUUGAAUGUAGUGACGGCCAGAAUUUGUGAAAGGAAUAGGGGAACCGGCUCUCCAUUUCCCUGUCAAAAACUAGUCCCCAAACUGAGAGCCAGGCUCAUGUUUGCCAGUGAGCAGCAGGACAGUGAGGGAGCAGAGAGACUGUUGCGCGGGCCAGUGUUACCAAGAGAUUUACUGCCAACUAACCAAGUCAGAAUGUGCCACAAUCCAGCUUUAUAUGGAGCCAUUGAUUUAUAA